AUGAAAAGCGAUUUUAGACAGGAUGAGGAUAUAAGUCUGAAAGGAAUGGUAGGAAAAGGUGUUAACAAAAUUUCAAUUGAACUGAAAUCUCAGAAACGUCCAACAAAUGUCAACUUUUUACUGUUUACCAUCAAUUAUUCUGCAACCAAUGAGACACUUGUCUACAAUUCUAGUGUCGAUGACAUUAAAAGAACCAAUUUCUUAGUCAAUCGCAAGACUGUAUUCCUGACCCAUGGCUAUACCGACUAUUAUGGAAAGUAUGCCUGGAUGUCGAUCGCGUACAUCUCUGGCUUAGAUCCGGCGGGUUUGGGAUUUUUGCGCAACAACUCACUGACCCGAUUGGCGCCUACAGACGCCUCCCUAGUAGUGGUCACUCAUACAAGCAGUGGUCUCGUUAAAUGGGGUGGGGAUGGACUGUCGAUUCAACUGAGCGGUUAUCUGGGAAAUGUUUACCCCCUUGGACACUAUGAUUUCUGGCCAAACGGAGGGACGGGACAGUCUGGUUGCGAUAACAAUCUGGUGAUUGUAACCACCAAAGGGCUCCUGUAUUACUAAUAGCUGAUAGAAGUUUGCGGAGUCCUGAUAGUUGCCAAUUGAUAGCCUACCGGUGCGAUAGUUAUGAAAAUUUUUAUUCUGGAAAAUGUGGUGACUGUGGGGCUAAUGGAGAUAAAUGUCGUCCACUGGGCUUUAAUUUGGAGUAUUGGAUGAAUGAGACAAAUACUAAUCCCGUGAAGGCUUUGCCAACGUUUCCCAAUAAUUAUUUUAUGAGGACAUCCGACGCGCAUCCGUUUUGUCUCUUUCACUAUCAGAUUGUCGUUUAUGUUAACCAGAACCCGGGUCUCAAUAAAUUGAGUGUCAAAGUGAAUGCAAACACGACUAUUAAAUUUGAAAGACCUUGGCUAAGCUUUAGAUCCAGCUAUCUAUACACCCAGUUGUAUACAUCCGACAAAAAUUUGGGACAAAUAAAUAAAGUUGAUAUCGAGUUCGGAGUUAGACUUUUUGGGCGUCUUAUUGAACAUAAAAUAGAUAUCGAAAAAAUAGAUAUUAAUUUCAUGAGUAAUAUUCAUGAGAACAUUAGGAAUCAAUACUCAACACAAUUAUACCCACAGAACAAAGAAUC